UGGUGUCAUUGUACAAGGACUUUGCAGGAGGUACUCUAGAGGCUGCAGAUCCUGGUGCUGGAGAAACAUGAUCUUCAGCCAUCUGUCUCUGAGAAGACCCAGACCAGAGCUGAACUAGGGUCUGCGUGUGCUGCAGACCCUCGCAGGGUGGCUGGUUCCCCUUGAUUCAUGUUAGACGCUAGAUGUCAGCUGCAGAAGAAGAGAAGAGCUUACCUCUUCCAGAGAGAUGGCCCCGAGCCAGCAAAUUCGCUCUGUCAGCCUGUGCGGCGGCUGUGGCAGAACUAGUGACAUUUCCCCUGGAUCUCACGAAAACUCGACUGCAGGUCCAAGGUGAAGCUGCCAUGCAGCAUCGUGAUGGAGCUGCAGCCGGCCAGGCAGUCCCUUACCGCGGCAUGUUGCGCACUGCAGCUGGCAUCGUGCAGGAGGAGGGCUUACUAAAGCUCUGGCAAGGAGCCACGCCGGCCGUCUACCGCCACAUAGUGUACUCUGGUGUUCGGAUGGUUGUGUAUGAACAUCUCCGUGACUCUGUGCUUGGCAGAUCUGAGGAUGAAAGCUUUCCUUUCUGGAAAGCUGUCAUUGGAGGCAUGUCUGCCGGUGCCAUCGGACAGUUUUUUGCCAGCCCGACUGAUCUGGUGAAGGUGCAGAUGCAAAUGGAAGGAAAAAGGAAGUUGGAAGGAAAGCCGUUACGGUUUCGAGGAGUGCACCAUGCAUUUGUGAAGAUCCUGUCAGAAGGAGGGAUACGGGGGCUUUGGGCAGGAUGGGUGCCAAACGUCCAGCGAGCUGCCCUGGUGAACAUGGGAGAUCUGACCACUUACGACUCAGUGAAGCACUUUUUGCUUCUGAACACGCCACUCGUGGACAAUAGUUUCACUCACAGCGUUGCCAGUUGCUGUUCUGGCCUGGUGGCUGCUGUUCUGGGAACUCCUGCUGAUGUGGUCAAAACCCGGAUAAUGAACCAGCCGAGAGAUAAGCAGGGAAGAGGUCUGCUGUAUAAGUCUUCCAUGGACUGCUUGAUUCAAACUGUACAGGGUGAAGGGUUUAUGUCUCUGUACAAAGGCUUUAUACCAACCUGGAUGCGAAUGGCUCCUUGGUCACUGGUAUUCUGGCUUACGUAUGAACAAAUCAGAAGGAUCUGUGGCGUUAGUUCUUUUUAAAAUCAUGAAACCACUUCACUAUUCACAAAACAAAGAAGAACCAGAAAGCUGAAUUCUCAUUGCACAUGGCAUCACCACCCCAUAGAGAAAUAAUUCAUUUAGGAGACUGGCAGUGGAUCACUUGUUUCAGUUCCUGCCCAAACCCAGUUCUUACUGGUUAGGAGUAGCCAUGAUGUGGGGAUACUACUUGCUUGUCAGACUGCUGUAAGAAAAGUUAUGCAUAGGAUAAAAGUGUCACAGUAAUACUCAGGCUGGGAGUCCGCAUCAACUUUCUGAAACAGUAAACAGAGAGAAAUCUGCCAAGCAAGUAGAACAUAGUACAGUUGGCUUGUUUGAUAAUAGAGGUGGCUCCUAUUGUUAAGCACAAGAGCAGGCUGAACAACACAGCAUUUCUAGGCGAUAGGACAAGAGGGAACGGCCUCAAGUUGCACCAGGGCAGGUUCAGAUUAGACAUCAGGGAAAAUGCCUUCACUGAAAGGGUUCUCAAGCCCUGGCAGAAGCUGCCCAGGGAGGUGGUGGAGUCCUGGAGGGGUUUAAAGGACAGGUAGAUGAGGUGCUCAGGGAUCUGGUUUAGCAGCGGAUAGGAAUGGUUGGACUCGAUGAUCUCACAGGUCUUUUCCAGCCAUGUAAAUCUAUGAUUCUAUGAACUUCUGUGGCUAAGCGGUCUAAAAAGUUAUUUAGGAAUUUUUGUUAUUGUUACAUUUGCACGAACAUAAAGAACUGCCUCUCGUUGGUCUGAUGUCUCAGCAAACCAAGCCUGUAGUGCUCGGAACUGGAAAAGAUACAAGCGGUUUCCUUGAUGUCAAACUUGCUUUGCACAAAAGGUGGAAGGGGUUGUGUUCUUCUUACUGCUCAGAGUGUUCAGUUUUGGGCCCCUCACUACCAGAAGAACAUUGAGGGGCUGGAGCGCAUCCAGAGAAGGGAACAGAGCUGGGGAAGGGGCUGGAGAACAAAGGGCAUGAGGAGCAGCUGAGGGACCUGGGGUUGUUUAACCUGGA